AUGAUCCUCGCGAAAUUCACGCGCCUCCCCAUCCCACCCCUCACAAUCGAGUCGAUCCCCAGCAACGACUACCAACCAUGGCACGAAGCGCUACGCGUCAAAUACGACCACUCCGCCUCCAAACAAUGGGCGAAUCUCUCCAGCGACAUCGUCUCCUCUAUGCGAAACCACCAUCGCGAUUACCAGUAUUGGAACUACAAGAUUUGCAAAGUCGAGAUCAUGUGGAGAUUGGGACGGACCGAGAACUGGGUUUCGCGGGUUUUGUAUGAGUUUGAUGCCGAUGUCGAGUAUUUGGAGGUGCAUGAGGGGCAGCAUGAGAGGAUUGUUACGGCGUUGACGUUACAGGAUCGUAAUUCGAGGGAUUGGAUGCAUGUUACUUAUCAGGCCGGGGAGUCGAGUAAUGGGCAGUUGGGGAAUGUGUCGUUUAUGGUGAUGGGUGCCGGUGUACAGAGUAGUGCCUCUAUUGGCGGUAGAGCAGAGUAUCCCGUGGGACCCGAAGAGAGUCCAGGCAGUACCGAAGACAUCCAAAUUUGCAUACACAUUGCACCUUUCACAGCUUGCAAAUAA